AUGGUGAAGUUAACUAGAUACGAGAGACUGCAAAAGGAGCAGAGUGCUCUAAGCUUUAAACCAUUAAUGGAUGAAUUAACCCAAUGUUCUGAGGAAGAAUUUGUGGAAAAGUUGAAAGGGAUACGUGAAUGGGACAGAUCAAGGGAUGAUCUUUUCACUUGGAUACCGGUUUUGAACAGGAUAGAUGAGAUGCUGACAAGAGUAGUGGAAAAAUAUUCUUACCAAAGUAUAGAUCCUAAGAAACAGCCAGUAAAAUUAAUUGAAAUGACAGCGGAUGAAGAAGAGCUGUGUGUUAAUUUAUCACAAUUUACUUCACGUCUUCUCUGUAAUACUGAAAACAGAUUUAUUUACUCCUCCUUGGAUGUGAUGAAUAACCUUUUGAACUGCCCAAAUUUUAGAGUUAAACUAGGGGCUACAAAGGUUUUAGCCAUCAUGGGGGAACGAUAUGUCAUUACUCGUGAAAGGUUUGACAAGGAUAAUAUAUUGGGGAAUCCCCAGUUAAAGAGGAAAUUAUUAAGAUUGGCAUUGUCAAUACCAUCUUCUACAAUGGAUGAAGAACGUGGCGAGCACUUUUCUUUGGUAGAAUUGUUUUUGGACAAAAAGAAAUAUCCUUCUAAGUGGUCUAAACUCAAAUAUACCUAUUAUACCGCCGGUGGUGGCAAUAGUUCUAACAACAAAAGGGCUCCACCUUCUAGUUCUGGUAAAGAGGCGGUUCAAAGCUCUUCCAUGAAGAGGUUAGUAUUCUCUAAGGAAGAUUUACAGAGUCAUUCAUUGCAACAAUUAUUUGACAAGGGUAUGGAAGUUUUGCCUUCAGACGUUUGGUUCGACUUCUCAAUUCAAGUAACGAUGGCAAAAGCAUUUAGUGACGAUUCUUUCGAAAAUAUAGAAUUGAGAAAAUUGCUAAUAAGAACAAAAUUCAUUGCAAUUGCUGUUGUUAAUACUGUUUAUGUGCCUCCACAAGUCAGCUCUAAGCUGUUUGAAGUAGAUCCUUAUGCGUUUAACAGUCUAACGGACUUUGUAUCAUUGUCUGAAACUAAAAUACCAAAGGAAUUGAGGUUAGAUUCCUUGUUUGCAUUGGAAUGCACUUCUUUGAAGCAUGUAUGGUGUUCUGAUAUCGUUAGAAACUUGGGAGGUAAUAUGUCACAUGGAUUAUUAUUUCAAAUAUUACGUUAUAUCGGUAAAAUUCUAAGAGAUGAAUCUCAAGAAGUUGACGAAGAGUACAACGUAAGGUUUUUCUAUUUGAUUUCUAACCUAGCCGAUGUAAAGGCUUUACACGAAUCCUUGCUUGGUGCCGGGCUAAUACCUAGUCUGCUAGAUAUCAUGCUGGUCAAAAACACUACUUACAGACGUACCUUGGCAUCGGCAACGCAUCUUUUAGAAGCUGUCAUCAAUGAUGGUGAUUCCACUGCCGAAUUCAUCGGCAACGACGGGUUCGCCAUUUUAAUCAAUUCUAUCAUGGAAGAAGUUGAUUUUGCAUUAGAACACCCAGAAUACGGCGGACCACCUAAAUAUUCUGUUGUUUACUAUUCGGUUUCCUUUAGACAAUUGGCAUACAUCAGAAGUUUAUUAAAAUUGGUUUUGAAACUUCUAAAGACUGAUUCUGGUGAUAGAAUCAGAAAUCUUAUAGAUUCUCCGAUACUGAUUUCAAUAAAAAAAAUCCUGGAAAAUAGGCCUGUAUUUGGCUACACUUUAAUCACUUAUGCAUUGGAUAUCGUUCAGAAGGUAAUAAACAGUGAACCAACCAUUUAUCCAAUUCUUGUGGAAGCGGGCCUCGUGCCAUACAUCAUCGAUCAUUUCCCCGAAAUGAUGGGUCCCUCUUCAGAACUGUUGUCCAUUCUCCCAGAUGUCAUUUCUGCAUUGUGUUUGAAUUCUGAAGGUUUAAAAAAGGCUAAAGAAAACAAUAUGGUUAGAUUUUUAUUUGAUGCCGUGACUAAUCCUGAAUACGCUAAGAUCUUGAUUUGGAAAGAAAGUGCUACCGAUCUGGGUGCUUCCAUGGAUGAACUUGCAAGACAUUAUCCAGACUUAAAGCCCCAAAUUUUGCAAUGUUUCCAUGACAUCGUCAAAGAGCUUCCUAAACGUAUCAACUUCAAACAAUCAUAUCUUUACGAACCUUCUAAUAGUAAGGAGCUAUUCUUUCAGAGUAAAGAUGAGCCUGCUGAGGAGAAGGAGGAAAAUGCCGGAGAACUUGCAUUUUGGGAAGUACAGGAAGCGACUCCCCUCGUGGACUGCUUCGCAGAUGUCAUUUAUGGUAUGUCUCUGGACAACUCAACGUUAGAAAACCUCCCGGAGAAGCUCAACGUUAGGGAUCUGUUCUCCAUUAUCAUCAUGGACAGACCACCUUUUGAUUAUACUAGUUCCCAAGCCAUGCUGAAUUUCACAGAUGUAUUGCAGUUAUUCGAUGAACAAAAGAAGGAUUAUGUUUUCCCAGAAAUGAUGAAAGUUUUACAGGAACGUCUUCAGCAUGUCAGUGAAUUUUUGAAUUUCAACAAUGAGGAAAGCUACUUGUUGAGAGCAAGGAAGGAUAGAGACAAUUCUGAUAUCGAUGGCCUCUUGGGAGAGUUUUCAGGACUAGCAGCAUUACUGUAUCUCAUGACCGACGUGUACGUUAAUGUUACCUCCCUGAUACCUGCAAGAAUCCAUCAAAUAUUAAACUAUUUUGAUAAGAAUGGCUUCGAAUUAAUAAAAUUGUUGAGGUUGCUUUAUCAAAAAUGUGCCCUCGAAGAAAUGUAUUUGACCCAAAGAAUGCCAGACGAGGUGCUCACUCAAACAAUGCCUGAACCACUUGGUACUGCAUCUCCCGUUCAAAUCCAUGCAACGAAACCUGUCAAGCAGGCCCAAAAAGAUGAUUUCACAAGCGCGAAGUACAAGAACACUUUUGAAGCAAGGUUCUUAUUGAACAAACUACAAUCUUGUACUGCCAUGCUUUUCAGAUGCUUUUUGAGAUUGACACAUGCAAGAAACAUGGAGGUAGAGCAGGAGAAGCAAGUGGUUGAAGUCCAUGUCUUUGAUGAAGUGUCUUAUCAGAUGCAGGAAAUGUUACAAGCAGUUGAUUUAGAGAAGAGUUUGCCAUACUUUUUGGUUAUCUUUAAUUUUAUUAACUACAUUUACUCAUUCCCGAAAACAUCGAUAACUGGUACUGGAAUUUUACAAACAGUUCCAGCCUACCUAUUUUACCAAUACGGUGGUUAUAGAUUUUAUUCUGAUGCCAUUAAAACUUUAUUUGCCAAAAUGUCGACGUUCAAAGACAUUGCUGCGAUCGAGGAGGUUGAUUAUAUCAAAAAUACAGAUGAGGUUUUAACUCUCAGCUGUCUUCUGAACCUUUUAACCUUCUUCAAUAGGUCACUUUCGCUCGAUACCAUGGAACACAUACCGUGUAUGGAAGUAUUUGGAUUAGUACCUAAAAUUGGUGAUGAUUACGUUCUCACCAAAGCCCUGAUGGAUCUAGUUAAAAAAAUGUCGUUGUGCUUAGUCUACAAAUUGGCCAACGAAGGGUGCUUAUUCAAUUCCCGAGCAAGGACUGUACCAUAUCCCGUAUUCAAACAAGUUCUCACUAUGUUGAAAAAUACCUACACUAACAUUAAUGCGGACGAGGACUCAGUACUAGAACUUAACUGGGAUUUGAUGCCACCACGCUAUAGAGUCAUCGAUGCUUUAAAGUCCUGUGGUCUAACAGAAGAACAGGCUCGCAAAUUUAUAACAGCGGAAGAGCAUGCAUAUGAAAGUGGCGGUCUGAAUGAUGAUGAAUUGUUUCCAUCAAAGCCUGAUGUCUUCUCUGAAGAGGGUUGGGAGCGCUAUAAAUCAAUCAAGCUAAGUGGCUCUCUUUCACUUACUCCUAUGGAACCUCGCCACGGUAACGAUAUGUUCUCAAGCGAUCGAUUAGAGACAAUGACUGAUGAGUUUCUCGAUAAUGGUCUUCCUCAAAAAGUUUUUGAUGUUUUACCAUUUUACCCCAAACUAGUUAAUGCCAUCGCUAGAACAUUAUUGCAAAUGUUUAGUAACUAUGAUGAGCCGGUUGAAAACUUCGCCUCUCAAGUUUUGGAAAAGAUCCUUCAAACUAACCUAGAAGAUGGUGCUACGUUAUCGUCUUUGAUUCAUAUAUUUGGUAUUUUCUUGAAUGAAAAGCAGGUCUAUGAGAAUACUGGUCGUUUAAUUUCUGAGUUUUUGGAAUACUUGCAGAAGUCAUUGAGCCCAGAGUAUAUCAAUAGUUCCUGGUUUUCGAAAGCGCUGUACGUUUACGAAAUCAUCCUGGCUAAAUCUGAAGUACCCGUAAUGGAAAGCUUACCAGACGACAUUCCCGUAAGAUACCGCUUGCCGCCUACACCCAACGUGUACAGAAUUCCUGCCAAUAUCAAACAAAAUAUUUUUGAUUCUUUGAUUCGUGUUGGCGAGAUAACAAACUUUUAUUCAGCCCUAGCAACUUGUAGAAUUUUAAUAUUCUAUGCGAGAGAUGAGGGAUAUGCGAGCGAGAUAGCUAGAUCGGGGACGUUGUCUAAGUUACUAAAGGUAAUUGGAAUUUUUCAAAAGUCAGAUAAAAUAAAUUUCCUAGAAUCAUCCUUCCUCUUGCUUGUUAGGAGAUGUUUUGAGACUGUUGACAUCGUAUCUACUUUAAUCCGUUGCGAACUGAAUAAGAGUUUUACCACCAGAGUCAUCGGGGAUCAUAAGGAAAAAGAGCGUGAUUUAACAAGUCUAAUAGAGGAAAAACCCCAUGUUGUUAUGAGAAAUCCCGACAAAUUCAUUGAUAAUCUUUGUGAGACCGCCAGGUUCCAAUCUUUCAGUGGGGAUGGUAAAUUACAGGAGUACAAUGUACACAGGAACUUUGAUGACAAGCCUAGUGAAAAUGAGGACGUUGCAACGAAGAAUGAAGCAAACUCCGCUGUACAGAACAGGACGGGUAUUAUCCAUCUUCUCUUAUCACAGUUGAUGGCUGCCUACAAAAAAGACUGGACAUCGGAACCCAAUCAACCUAACGAUGUUAAGGAUACUUCCAAUGAUAAACAGGAAAAAGUGGAUCCAACCAAGAAUCCUGUAUGUGCAUACAUGAUGUUUUUGCUGAAGGUUCUAAUUGAGCUUGUUAGCAGUUACAAACAGUGUAAAUUCGAGUUUUUGACAUUUGAAAGGAGGAACCAGUACACAGAGUUUCCAAAGCCCAAAUCUACUGCCUUGAACUUUUUCCUUUACCAACUGUUAGACAAGUCCACGGUUCAUGAGCAAGACAAGUUUGAAGCUAAGAGGAGAGAAGUGAUUAGCAUGUUGGCUCGUUCAGUUGUGGUUGGGUUCAUUGCAGCUGUACAAGACGAUAACAACAAGAAAAGUGAUCUGAAGGCCAUUGAUCCUGAUAUGAACUUUAUCAGGAAGUUCACUAUCGAAUCUAUCAUGAGGGCUUUGAAAAAUUCUACCAUGACAUCAAAGUUGUUGGAAGCUAAUGUCAGCAAGCUGGAAACGUGGUUCAAAGUCAUUUCUUCUAUGGUACUUGUUCAAGCGCCUUACUUGAGAUUGAUCUUAGAUUCCAACAAGCUAGACGCAGACCAAUAUCAAAUUUGCAAGUUAAUGAUGGACAUGAAUGUACCGGCUUCGGUUACGGAGUGUAUUGCAGGCGUAGAUUUGAAUUAUCCAUUUGCUAAGAAUUUGUUCAAUAAUGCCGUUGAUCCUUUGAAUUGUAUCAAUUCCAUCAGGAAUACUUUUGCUGACCUUUUCAAAAUCGAAAGCAAUGAUGAUGAAGAGGAUGUUGAUGAAGAGUCCGAUAAGGAAGACCCUCCAGAUAUGUUCAAGAAUUCCGCUUUGGGAAUGUACGAUGUGGAGGACAUUGAAGAAGACGACGACGAUGAUGUUUCGCUAAUGGGAGAUGACGAAGAUAUUGCUUUUGUAGAUGGUGAUGACGGUGAAUUUGAGGUUGUCUUCAGUGACGACAACGAACACGGAUCUGGCCAUGAUGAUCACUCCGACAUUGGGGACAGCGGCGAUGAAGAAAUGGAUUAUAGUAGUGAUGAUCAUGACAUGGAGCACAUGCAUGACCAUGAAGAUCAUAGCGAAGAAGGAGAAGAUGAGGAAGGUUCAGGUGAAUCUUAUUACAGUGAUGAUUCAAACGGUGACAUUGAAGUCAUUGACGUCGAUGCAGAUGAUGGCCUGGAGAUUGAGUUGGAUGAUUAUGAUGUUGAUGAAUCCGAUUGGGAGUCCGGCCUUUCUGAGUUGUCCGCUUCAGAAGAAGAUCUCGAAGAUGGUGAAGAUGGCGAGAAUGAGGACGAUGCCAAUGUUGGCGGAUUGAGAAGAAGAUGGGCUACAUCUGAUGGAUUCGAUAUUAUUGAAGAUACCUCAGAUGAAGAUGAAGCCACCGGUGUCUUCCAAGGAUUAGAACAUGUUUUUCACGGAGAAGGCCAACCAUUGAUUAGAAUACAGGAUGCUCGUCGCCAUGGCCGCCAUCACAACCACCCUUUCCGCCGCAACCAUGGCCAUUCUCUCCUCGGGCCUCCAUCACUAACUCUGCUGAAUGGCGGUCGUCGUCACCAAAGUAACUUAAUCAACCCAUUAGGACCUUCCGGUUUAGAGGAAAUUGAAAAUGGUAUCUCAGAUCAAUUGGUGAAUGUUGGUAAUGGUGCUCGUCAUAGACCAGAACACACUCAUUUCUCAAACGUGCUUUUCAGUGGUGAGUUCUUCGACGAACGCUCUCCUGAUGGAAUCAUUUUGAAGCCAACGGUGUCACGCUGGAAGGACAUUUUUGAUAUGUUCUAUGACACCAAGAGCUAUGCAAGUUUUAUCAUCCCAACUGUCAUAGCCAAACUCUACGGACCUAGUCUUAGAUUGUAUCGCGAGGCUGAAGAGCGUAGAGAACAAGAAUACAAUCAGCGCCUCGAGAAGUUGAGAGAGGAAGAGACAGAGAGAGUUCAUCAGACGGCGAGACCGGCCUCACAGCCUACAGCUCCUGCAGCCACUAGUCGUGAUGUUGAGGAAGGUCAUGAACCACACGAGCCGGUUUACGUUACCAUUGAUGGCACAGAAGUUGACAUCGGCGGUACAGAUAUCGACCCAGAGUUUUUAAAUGCAUUACCCGAGGAUAUGCGUUCUGAGGUGUUUGCUCAGCAUGUCCGUGAACGUAGAGCUGAGGCAAUGAGAAAUGAUGUUCAUUCCAGAGAAAUCGACUCAGACUUCUUGGAUGCUAUACCUGAGAGUUUACGUGAAGAAAUUCUAGAACAAGAGUCGGCCGAAACUAGAUUUUCUAACAUUAUCCAUUCUAUCGGCGAGCAAACUCAUGAGCAUGACCAAGAUGAAGACAUGCUCAGCGAUGAGGGUGAAAUUGACGACGGAAAUCGCCCUGGGGAAGAACGUCGCAGAUCUGAAAGUGACAAGAAAAAACCAAGUAGAACUUAUUUUUCCCCACUUGUUGAUCGUGCCGGUAUUGCUGCAAUUAUGAAAUCUAUCUUUAUUUCUCAACCCUAUGUUCAGCGUGAGAUGUACCAUGAGUUAUUCUAUCGCUUGUGCUCUAGCAAACAAAGCAGAAACGAAAUUAUCAACAUGCUCCUAAUGAUUUUAACUGAAGGAAUCAUAGAUGAAAACUCCCUGGAGAAGGUGUACAAUUUGAUAUCUUCUCGUGCCAAUGGUAGUGGAAAAAUCCAGAAUUCUGUCUCUGGUGGCCGUCAAUUGCCAGCAGAUUGUUCCCCUCUUAUAGUCGCCAACCAGGCAGUUGAAAUUCUACAAAAUCUGCUUGACUCAGAUAACAGAUUGAAGUAUUUCUUCAUAACUGAACAUGAGAACUUGAUGGUCAAUAAGGCUCCGGUAAAGAACAAAAAAGACAUCUUCCACAAAAACUUGAAAUGGCCUAUAAAGUAUCUGUUUGGUUUAUUGGAUAGAAGGAUCAUCACCGAUGAAAGUGUUCUCAUGGAUUUAUUGACGAGGAUUUUGCAAGUAUGCACCAAGCCCAUCAAUGCCCUUUCCAAAAACAGCGACGAGAGCAGUGGUUCUAAGAAGAAAUUCCAAGUUCCAUAUUUUGACCGCAAGGAUUUUGAGAGAAUUGUUUCCAUUAUCAACAUGGACAGCUGUAACACUAGGGUUUUCCAACAAACAUUGAGUGUCAUGCACCAUUUGUCCAUGUUAAAAGAUGCAGUUAAGAUUUUCACUGAAGAAUUGAUCUCACUGGCUCUAAAAACAGUAAGAAAUUUGGUUGCUGAUUUAAACAAAUUGACUGAAGAAAGUUCUAUGGUAUCAAAUGGUACGGAAUUCAACUCUGAAUUGGUACAGAAAUUCACAAUGCCUAGCUCUGAUCAGGCCAAAUUAUUAAAAGUUUUAACUGCUGUCGAUUACCUUUACACUCAUAAGAAAGAUUUGUCUGAAGAAGAUGUGAGCAAGUUGAUGGGUGUCUAUAAUGAAAUGCAAUUGGGACAGAUUUGGUCGUCUUUGAGUAAGUGUCUGUUUGAGUUUGAAAACCGUAAGGGAUUGAACACUUCUGCAACUGUGUUGCUACCAUUGAUUGAGUCUCUAAUGGUCGUUUUCAAACACAUCAAGACUUCUCAAUCUGGAAACAAGAAUACUGCUUUGAAAUACGAGGAUGAGAAGAAGCUCGAUUUCUCUAAUUCUGGUACGGAGAGCUUCUUUUUCAAGUUUACCGAGGCUCAUAAGAAGUUGCUCAAUCAAAUGAUCAGAUCUAACCCCAAAUUAAUGAGUGGCCCUUUCUCUUUACUUGUAAAAAACCCAAAGGUCCUAGAUUUUGAUAACAAAAGGUACUAUUUCAAUGCUAAAUUGCGCAGCGAUGCUCCAGAUAGGCCAAAAUUGAGCAUAUCUGUGCGUCGUGAACAAGUAUUCCUGGAUUCUUACAGGGCUCUAUUUUUCAAAUCUAACGAGGAUAUAAAGAAAUCUAAGUUGGAAAUCACAUUUAAGGGAGAAAGUGGUGUUGAUGCAGGUGGGUUAACUAGAGAGUGGUAUCAAGUUCUUUCUAGACAAAUGUUCAACCCAGACUAUGCAUUAUACCUUCCUGUAGAAUCUGACAGGACGACUUUCCGUCCUAAUCGUACUUCAGGUAUCAAUCCUGAACAUUUGUCCUUCUUCAAAUUCGUCGGGAUGGUUAUCGGUAAGGCUAUUUGUGACCAAUGUUUUCUGGACUGCCACUUCAGUAGGGAAGUAUACAAGAAUAUUUUAGGGAGACCUGUUUCUUUGAAAGAUAUGGAGUCAUUAGAUCUCGAUUAUUACAAAUCUUUGAUUUGGAUUUUGGAAAAUGAUAUCACUGAUAUCAUCGAAGAAACUUUCUCCUUGGAAACAGAUGAUUAUGGUGAGCGUAAAGUCGUGGAGUUAAUCCCUAACGGUAGCGAAAUUCAAGUGACUGAAGAAAAUAAGCAAGAGUAUGUGAAGAAGAUUGUCGAAUACAAACUUCAUUUGUCUGUCAAGGAACAGAUGGACAAUUUCUUACAAGGGUUUUAUGCAUUGAUUCCAAGAGAUUUGAUCUCCAUAUUCGACGAACAAGAACUGGAGCUUCUAAUUAGUGGUUUACCUGAUGUAGAUGUCGAUGAUUGGAGAAACAAUACGAACUACGUCAAUUAUACGGCUAAUUGUAAGCAAAUCAAUUACUUCUGGAGAGCCGUUAGGUCUUUUGACGCUGAAGAAAGGGCAAAACUUUUGCAAUUUGUUACCGGUACAAGUAAGGUACCAUUGAACGGUUUCAAAGAAUUGACCGGUGUUAGUGGUAUUUGUAAGUUUUCUAUCCACAGAGAUUAUUGCCCAACUGACAGAUUGCCAUCUUCUCACACAUGUUUCAACCAGUUGAACUUACCAUCGUAUAACUCUUACGAUACGUUGCGUGGAUCUUUGCUUUUAGCCAUCAACGAAGGUCAUGAAGGCUUUGGGAUCGCCUGA